AUGGCCAGGAACAGAUCCUCUCUUAGCGUUCCUCUCGUUUCGCUCCCUAGUGCCGAUCAUCCCGGAGGAGAUGAUCUCGAGGCGACUGGAUCACAUGGGGAGUCUUUUGGCUUCCCAGUGAGGCCUUCUGCAGUAUCUGAAACGUCCACAAGUUACCUGGAUGAUGAAGUGGAUACAGUGCCGGUGCGGAGGCACAUGGGGAGCGUCUUCUGGGGCCUCUUUCAGAGAGGCAACGAUCUGGAAGGAGCGGGGGUGAAUCAUUACUACACAAGGGAGGAGCGGGCACGGCUGGCAGAUGUGGAGAGCAUAGAUUACCUGCCGCCCAACAGCGAAGUGCGGCAGUGGGACAGAUGGUUCAUGAUGGGCAGCAUCGGUGUUACUGUCGGCCUCAUCGGCUAUUUUCUCUUCUUCUUCAUCGAGCUCCUCUCAGACACAAAGUACCGCACAGUCAGGUUUCUGGUGGGCCACACGAACAUCGGCGUGGCCUGGCUGUUCAACAUGGCGUACAGCAUCGCGCUGGUGUUCGGGUCAACCUGGAUGGUGGUCAACUGGGCGCCCCAGGCAGCCGGCGCAGGCGUGGCCGAGGUCAUGGCCUACCUCAACGGCUGCAUGCUGCCGCACGUGCCCAAUGUGCAGACGCUGAUAGUCAUGUUGUCCGUGGUGUUCAACGUGCAGACGCUGAUAGUGAAGUUCUGCUCGUGCGUGCUGGCGGUGGGCAGCGGGCUCCCUGUGGGACCGGAGGGCCCCAUGGUGCACAUCGGGGCCAUGAUCGGCGCCGCGCUGAGCCAGGGUCACUCCACCACGCUGGGAUUCACCACCGGCCUCUUCAGGCGCUUCCAGAACCCGAAGGACAAGCGCGACUUCGUCACCGCCGGCACGGCCGUGGGGAUAGCGACGGCGUUUGGGGCGCCGAUUGGGGGGCUGCUGUUCGCGUUUGAGGAGCUGGCGAACAGCUUCAGCCAGGCCCUGGGGUGGCAGAUAUUCUUCGCAUGCAUGCUGGCUGUGCUGACGCUGGACACCUUCAAGUCCGCGCAGCACGCGCUCAACAAGGGGCACUUCGGGCUGUUCGACGGCGAUGCCUCCACCGUCUUCUUUGAGGUGCUGACUCCGCUGACUAAUCAUGUGGCGGCGGUGGCGCCGGCGGCGGUGAUUGGGGUGGCCUGUGGGCUGCUGGCAAUCUUUUUCACGGUCAUAAACCUCAAAGUUGCCCGCCUCCGCAUCGCCCUCCUACAGGGGCGCAAGGGGUGGCGAAUGGCGGAGCCAUGCAUUCUGAUGGGCCUGUUUGUGACGGCGGGCAUGCUGCUGCCGCUUGCAUUCCCAUGCAGAGCAUCCCAGUGUGUCAUUGAGCAGGGCGCCACCAAACCCAUCUGCCCACCGGGCACCGCGCAGCAUGUGCAGCGGAUAGUGGAGCAGAGCCUGGAGCUGUACACGUGCAGCGCCGCUUCGGCCGACAGUGAGAUGCCAGCCCCACGCCGCAAUGCCACUCUGCCCACCACCUACAACGAGCUCGCCACCCUCAUGUCCGUCACAGGCGAGGACGCGAUCAAGCAUCUGCUGUCGCGCGGAACGCAUCGGGAGUUUGGCUAUGCGGCGCUGAUAGUGAUGCUGGCGGUCUAUUUUGCCGGCGCGGUGUGGGCGGCCGGGUCGGCCAUUUCCAGCGGCCUCUUUGUGCCCAUGCUGCUCAUUGGCUCCUGCAUCGGUCGCAUCGUGGGCCUCAUUGCUGUCGACUUUGCAGCCGCCGGCGGCCACGGCUCCGCCAACGCGCCUCUUGGCGUGUUCCUGCCCCCGAGCCCCUGGUCCUGGGUGGACCCGGGGGCCUUUGCGCUGAUCGGCGCGGGCGCGUUCAUGGGUGGAGUCACUCGGCUCACCAUCUCCCUCGCAGUCAUCAUGAUGGAGGUGAGCAAUGACGUGCGGAUGCUGCUGCCGCUGCUGGUGGGGAUCCUUGCGGCCAAGUGGGUGGCCGAUGCAGCCACGCACUCCCUCUACCACGGACUGCUCGAGGUGAAGUGCGUGCCGUGGCUGCCGAGCAUGCCGUGGGCCAAGCGCUCGCUGGACCUUGUCCCCGUGCGCGCAGCCAUGGCCGCCCCGGCAGUGACUCUGCGCGAGCACAUGCGGCUGGAGGACGUGCGGCAGGUCCUGCGCGACUCGCGCCACAACGGCUUCCCCGUCGUGCGCGAUUCCCCCGCCGGCCAGGUGCUGGUGGGGCUGGUGAACCGGGAGCACCUGAUGGUGGUGAUGCGGCGGGCGCUGGCGGCGGGGGGCGCGCGGGGGGCCCAGGGGGGGGACCUGCCGGAGGUCCCCUAUGAGGAGCUGAACCGCAAUUACGUGUCGGCCGCCGCGCGCUCGCUCAUCUCCGAGCAGCAGCUCGCCGUCCUGCAGGGCCACGGUGUUGACGGGCUGCACGUGGACGGCACAGCAUUUGAGCGGGUGCUGGACCUGACGCCGUAUGUGAACACGAGCGCGCCGGCCGUGGCGGAGUGCUUCUCCCUGGAGCGCGCCUACAUGAUGUUCCGCCAGCUGGGCCUGCGCCACUUAGUCAUCGUCGACCAACACAACCAUGUCAAGGGCAUCCUCACGCGCAAGGAUCUGCUGGGCUACCGAUUGGAUGAUGCGGUGGACCGCGCAAGAGCCAGCAAGGGCUUCAUUUCCCCUUCAGCCUCAACUGGCCGGCUGCGGCCGCGCGGCGCCAGCACAGCAUCCUCCGUGGACGGAGCCUUCCUGUGA